AAAUAAUUGAGGGGAAAAACUUGGCCCUUAUGACUUCUCGACGACUGCCAAGCUAAACUCCCCUUGUCUGGGCUUAAAUUGAGGCAACAUGACACUGCUGCCGGUGGCUAUGUGCAGUGCCAGCCGCAACAACAAAAACUGGAAACUGUUGUCACAACAGAGUCUCUAUUUACAAUCUAAUAUUAACUUAAAACCAACCAGUAUUUAUUGAAUUAUUGAGCCCAGCAGGCCUACAAAUAGGAACCUACAACAAAAUGGCCGCAGCUGUUUUGGAGGCCAAUGAGAGCAAGUUGGAUCUGGUGUGCGAUGAUUGCGAUUAUUUCGGUUCGACGGCAACUAUUUUUAUCGAUAACAGCACCCAGACCGAUGACGAUGGCGAGGAUGAUGAUGAAUCGGAAUCAAGACCGCUUAAGACCAAAUUAAGUCAGAUCCUUGAAGAAGAUUCAGAAGAGGAACCUGAAAUGGUAACGCAAACGGAACCGGAAACUGAACCCCAACCGGAAACAAAUGGUUUAAAAAACGAUAACAAUGUUGAUGGUGAUGGUGACGGGGAAAUGGAAAAUAAAGUGCCAUCGAAAGCUGAUGUAGAAGAUGAUAAAGAUGCCAUCAAUGAAACAGAGCAGUCCAGUGUCCAGGAAUCAAUAGCUUUUGAAGACGAAGUCGCAGAUGAUGUGGCUCGACUGACGAGCUUGGCCUUUGGAAUGGGCUAUGCUCGCAUUAUCGACUACGAUAACUUGCGAAUUAUCGAACAGGUUAUCGAAAGCGACGACGACGACAAAAAUGAGGAUCAUAGUGAGAGUGUGGCAGCUGCUGGGGCUGCUGUGGCAACGCCCUCCGAUUUGGUGACUUUUGUUGGUGAAAGCUAUCAGGUAAUCGAAAGGUCGAACUGCAACAGCAACCGGGUGGAGCCCCAAGUCGUCGACAACAACAACAAUAAUCGCAGCAACGAUAGUGGGCGUGCCAGCACCAACAGGAAAUUGCAAAAUGGUUCAGUUUCUAAUAAAACCCAAGAGCAGGAUAAUCAAAAGGCCUCAACAAGCAAGCCGUCAGCAGCAGGGACUUCCAGUGCUUUAAUCAAGGCCUAUAAAUCGAACUUGACGCCGCUGGCUCCCGUUUUCCAGCCGGCUGCCCUCAAGGCCAAGCAAUUGCAACAAGCAACAUCGGUGGCCAGCGGCAGCAACUUGUCGUCCGUAACAACUACAACAACCACUGCUCUGGGGUAUGCUGCCUACGAACAGACCACGGUUUACUAUCAGCAGCAGAUACAACAGGCCACACAGUCGCAGCAGCAGCAACAGCAACACCCUCUCCAGCAGCAGCAACAGCAGCAGCAACAGUUGUCGCCAAAGCAUCAGCAACAUUGCGCUCAACAUGGUGGCAUGCCUCAUAUUCAUGGCGCCCAGUUGCUGCCCGUGCAAUUGAUUACCUUGACGCCAACAGGAGCAACUGCAGCAGCGGCAGCAGCAACAGUACCUAGUGCCGCAACAGCAGCCGUAGCUGCCGCAGCAGCAACUCCAGGAGCAGCAGCAUCAGCUACUGGCGCCGCUUGGCCACUUGUGGAGGCGCCAAUUUACAUCGACAUCAAUGGCGAAUAUCGCAGCUAUUGCCCGGCACAUGGACCACCAGCAGUGACAGGACCUCCGAAUGGCGCCAUCGUGGCACAUCCACAUCCCCAUUCCCACUCCCAUCCUCAUGUUCACGCACAUCCCCAUGCCCAUACCAUUCCCCAUGCCUUGGCUCUGCCCCUUACCCAUACCACCCAUCAGCAGCAGCAGCAGCAGCAACAGCAACAACAGCAACAACAACAGCAACAUCAGCAGCAGCUUCAUCAUCACCAUCAGCAACAACAACAACAGCAGCAACAUUUGACGCCGGCGGCUGUGACAAAUGUUAAUGGAAAUAUUGCAGCACAGGCAGCAGUAGCUGCAGCCGCAGCAGCAGCAUCAGCAGCAGCCGUUGCAUCAGCUCCUCGUUUGCUAUUGCAACUUGAUGCUGCGGCUGUCCAGCAGCAGCAACAACAACAACAGCAGCAACAACAACAACAACAGCAGCAACAACAACAACAGCAACAAAUCGUUGCCGCUGGCAAGCGUAGCAAAGUUUAUCGAGGUCCCGCCACCGUUCAGAUGGUAUCCCAGAACCGGCCACCACCCCCGAUGCCGGUGCCCGUCCAGGUACCGCCAUAUGUCAACGAAAACGGGACACUCACCCACGUAAUGCUCUCGCCGCAGCAGUACCAGCAGCUCCAUCCGGGCCAAGGACACAUCCAUCCAGGGCCAUUCAUAAGUGCCAAUGGCACUUCGCAUUUCUACACGCCAGUGGCGGGCUAUCCUGGCCCGGGACCAGCCGGCAAUGGACCACCGCACUUCCAUCUGCCGCCGGUGCCACCGCCGCAGCAACCAUCCCAGGGGGCAGCACCCCAGCCUCCGCCGCCGGGCGGCACUGGGGCUACUGUGACUGUGGCAGCUGUUCCUCCGCCCCCGACACCGGUUUCGGUCCACCCACAUCCGCAUCCACAACACACACAUUCCCCGCACUCGCCCUCGCCUCCUAAUUACAGGGACGAGCGUAGCCAGCGGCAGCACACCAAACUUUUGAGGAAACUGGAAAAGCAAAGGGAGUCGAAUCCUCCUCUGACGACGCCCACACACUCGCCCUCACCGCGUCGUGCCACGGAAAUCAAUGGACACAACGGCAAUAACAUUCCUAUGGGCGCUCAUCUCAAUAAUCACCAUCCAGGACGGCGGAUACCCCAUCAACAGCAAGGCCAACCGGUCCCACAGAUGCAGCAAGCACCGCCAGGCCAUCAUCAGAUUCACCAGCACCAUCACCAACAGCAGCUGCAGAGGAAUGGAACCCCGCAGCAUGCCCAGCGUACGGGUAGCAGUGUCGGGACUUCCGAGGAUGGCGAAGACAAUUCCAGUUUGGCCGGCGAGGAGGACGAGGAGGACUAUCAGGCCAACAUUGUUGAGCAACUCUCGGCUAUGGAGAAGCCCGAGGUGAUAGAUAUAACCUCUAGAGCCGCCAAGAUCAUUUGGGAGUCGCCAAGCCUAAUAGACUCCCUCCUGGAUAUGCAGCAGUUGCGCUACCAAGUCCUCCUCAGUGACUCGGGAAAGCAGUGCAAGUACAAGAGCCUGUAUCGCGGGGAAGCCAACGAGUGCAUUGUUCAGGAUCUGCAGCCCGGUCAGGAUUACCUGGUGCGUUUGCAGGUGCACUACCAGAAGCUGCAGGGAGCGGUCAGUGAUCCUACCGAGUUUCGGACACCGGCCUGUGAACCGGAUCAGCCGCCGCCACCCAAACUAGUGUCGCGCACCAAAAGCUCCAUUAACCUGCGAUGGGCUGCGCCGGCGUCGAACGGCUCCAGCAUUCUCCACUACCUUCUGGAGUACGACGAAGGACGAACGGUGGCCGGGCAGCCGCAAAAGUUUGUGGAGCUGGCCAAGAUCAAGGCCAAGCACUAUGUGAUUGGAAAACUGCAACCAACAACCGUUUACAGUUUUCGUUUGGCGGCCGUGAAUGAAGUGGGCCAGAGUCCCUAUUCCCCAAUUGCCAGUUACAGCACCUCGGGAACACCGCCUCCAGUGCCAAGGCCUCCUCAACUGAUCGGAAGCAGUUCCAACUCCUUGAAACUGGGCUGGGAGCGCCGGGCUCAGGAUGGUGACUUCCUGUUGCAGCUGCAGGACGCCGAGUCGGGACAUGGCUACCUGAACACCUACAAGGGAACGGAGCUGCAGACCGAGUGCCUCCAGCUGAAGCGCGCCAGUAGCUAUCAGUUCCGUUUGCGUUCCGAAAACGAGGCUGGAGUUUCGCCCUGGUCACCUGAGGUGAGCUACAGGACCUUGGCGGAGCGACCUGGUAGACCCGGAAAGCCCCAGGCGAAGGGCAAGAUUCAUGGCACACACUUCAAGGCCCGCUGGGAUGCCCCCAGCGACGCCGGUGGCGCUGAGAUUCUUCGCUAUCACCUGGAGCUGAGUGCCGCUGGUCCGGCCUUUGAAAGGAUCUACAGUGGUGGCGAAACGGAGGCCAUGUGCGAGCGCCUCCAGCCUGGCACCACCUACGCCCUGCGUGCCUGCUGCGAGGGCCCAGCCGGACAGAGUCCCUACUCCGACAUUGGACAUGUGACUACGGAGGCAGUGCCUCCGUCUGCCCCGCCACCGCCUCACUGCAGCGAUCCACCGUCACCGUAUGCUGCUCUGCUGAAGCUCCAGCAACCGGAAUACAAUGGCGGGGCACCCAUCCUGGAGUUUGAGGCACAGAUGCGACGCCUGGAACAGGUGCAGGCACCCCAGCUGGUGUACCGCGGCAAGCCGGCGUACUUCGUGGCCCAGGACCUUACUCCAGGUGGCAUGUACGAGGUCCAGGUGAGGGCCAUCAAUCGCAUCGGAGCCGGCAACUGGUCGCAGUGGAUGAGAUUCACGGCGGCUGCCGCUGCGCCCGGAGUUCCCGAGGAGCUGCGCGUGCAGGUGAAAUCGGCCACCCAUUUGAGUGUCAGCUGGCAGCCACCGCUGCUGGACAAUGGAGCGGCGGUCACCGGGUAUACGCUGAAAAGUGCCAGCCAAGAGCGAAAGGAACAGGAGGAACCGGAGGAGCUGAAGGAGCCGGCGAGCUCGGAGUUCCACAACUGCUACCAGGGAGCUCAGACCUGUGCCGAGUUGCGCAACCUGGUUCCAUUCACGCGCUACCAUUUCCGCAUCCUGGCCAGCAACUCUGCUGGCAGCGGACUACCCUCCGAUGUGAUAACCGUGUGCACCCCGGCCGCCGUGCCCGGAGCUCCGCAGAUGCAGGGCUACGAGUUCACCGCCCAGGAGGUGACCCUAAACUGGACCCAGCCGGCGGCUCACGGCUCGGCCAUUUGUUCGUACAACAUUGAGUACGGAGAGCGAACCAUCGCUACUCCGGAUGCCUGCACCCGAUACACGGUGAGUGGCCUUCUCCCCGAGACGGGCUACAAGUUCCGUGUCCAGGCGGUGAACGCCAUCGGAGCGGGAGCCUUUAGUGCCUAUGCCAAGCUGACCACCCAGCCAGCUCCACCGGCGCCGCCGCGUCUGGAGUGCAGCGGAGCUGGUCACAACUACAUCAAGCUAAAGUGGGGCGAGAACCCGAGCGGAAAGGUGGGCAAUGGAAACUCCUCGUCCUCCGGCGGCAACGGCGGUGACUUUACCAAGUACUUUGUGGAGAUGUACGUGGCCCGGGCGAAGCAGUUCCAGGCCGUCUACUCCGGCACCAAUUGCAUGUGCAAGAUCCACAAGCUGCAGGAGCGCAGCAGCUACACCUUCCGGAUCUAUGCCCACACGGAUCGGGCCGGCGAUGGUGACUACUCCGAGGAGUUUGUGUUUGAGACUACGGCCACCCUGCCGGCGAACAUAAAGCCACCCCGGGUGGUCCAUGAGGGUAGCGUGUGUCUCAUGGAACUCCCCGGCCAACUGGGCAUGCAACUGACGCUGGAGUGGCAGCACUCAAAGAACUCCUUCCACGACCGUGUGGAGUACGAACUGCAGUACGCCGUUUUGGGAGCAGCCGACCUCGAGGGAGAGUCCCCCACGCCCAAGGGACGCAGCAGCAGUUCCAGCGGCAGCGCCAGCGGUGCACCCGUUAACCUGGCCAACCAGGACUACAGGGAGCUGUACCGCGGACCCGAAAACAAGUUCACCAUUGAGAAUCUGGCGGCCGGGACUUGCUACCAAUUCCGCGUGUGUCCCAUAAGGAUAGCCGCGGGUGGCGAGCUCCUCUACGGCCAGCCGUCGAGUCCUUUACGCUACCAGGUGCCCAGCGAUCUGGACGCCAGCUCGGUGACCUGCCACCAUCAUCUGCACGGCUCGACGGCACCACCAGCGGCCGUGGCCACCACGAGUCAGAGGAGCAGCCGAAAACUGUCGGCCGGCAAUGGCUCCGCCAAUGGACUGCACUUGAGGUCGGUGAGUGCCUCGGCGAUAAGCGGGGCUAGUGGAGUGGGAGCGGAUCCGCUGGCCAUCGGACGACUGCAGCAGGAACUGUCCGGUUUCAAUGCGUGCGGGGAUCCCCUGCACCAUCAUCAUCAUCAUCACCAUCACCACCAUCAGCCGUGUGGGGGUGCCGGGCCAUCUGGCGGUGGAUCCGCGGACGGUGGACAUCACCAUCAGCAUCACAUGCAUCAACACCACUCGCAUCACAUGCACCAUGCCCACCAUCCGCACACUGGUAUGGGCAUGGGCACUUCCAACUCCUUCGGCGCCGGCUCCUCAUCCGUAACCUACUCCUCCUCCGGCUCCUCGGCGGCGGCGGCGGCACUCUCCUGCAGUUUGGCGCAGGCGGGUGGCCUGAGGCGACUCCUGGGCAAGCUCACGUCGCUGUACUCGAACCGGAGGCGACUCAGCGACCAGCAGAAGGCGGUGUGCAUUGUGGUCUCCUUCCUGGUGGGCACAUUCCUGGUGGCCAUGCUCGUCAACAUGCUGAGGGGCUAAGGAAACCACAUCCUUGAUUCACAAACAAAAAAAAAAAGGACUCCCAAGGAAAAGUUAAAACAAAAAAAGAAAAAAAAAACACUUUAUGUCUCAAAGAAGUGAUUUAAAAGAAUUAGUUGUAAUUAUGUAUUUUUUAUAUGUAUACUGUAACAGAAUCAAACAAAAUCAAAUUGUAUAUUAUAUAAUUUUAAACAAAACAGCAGAACACACAGGAAAAAAAUUUAGCAAAAAAAAACAAAAAAGUGAAGAAAUUAUAAAGAAAAAUUCCCAUAAAUGUAUUAAAUGUACACAAAACCAACAAAAAACAGCAACAUUCACACACACAUACACAUACAGCUAAAUGUUAAUAAUGGUAUUUACUUAUAAAUAUUUGUUGUCACAAAAAAAAAACGAAAGUUUAAUCUCCAUAUGUGCUAUAAACAAAAACUAAAAAAUAAUAUGCUCGCCAAUACUUGUCAAACCUGUUCCGCAAAUGCUUCUCAAACUGUUACUCGUAUGUGUCGCGGUGUUGUAAUUUGCAUUUGAAUUUCGUGUAAAAUACGUUUAGAACUUUUUUACCAAAAACAUCUUUUUCAACAACAAAAAUAAGUAAAACAACAACAACAACAAAAAUGGGAUCUAGAUAGCUGGUCAACAAAUUGCACCAACUACGUAUAGGCCUAAAAGUAUAUAAACACACUCCUAAGUAGCUAAAAAUGAUGUAACAGAAUUGAUGGGGAAUUAAAGGUAACAUUGAAUGGAGAGCAAGUGCAGAAUGCAGAACGAAUAAUUAAACGAAAAGUAUGAAUUUAUUAGACUACUAGCAACAGGAUUCAGUGCUGUACUAUACAAUUGUUUACCCUAUCGCUCCAAUCUACGCAGAUAUACAUAUAUAUAUAUAUAUAUUUUAUAUGUAUAUAUAUGUAUGUAAUACAGCAGACGCUUCUUUCAUUCUCACAAAACUUUUUAUACGAAUUAUUAAACAAUUUAUUAUAUAAACAUAUUAUACGACAACAACAAACAAAAUAAAAACAAAUUAUUGAAACCAAGGCAACCCCAGUUGGGGCUGCUAUAUUCGAGUUGGAAAAAAAAUAAUACGGAAUUAAACAAACAACUGUUGCAUUUCACCAACCGAACUAAACUAAAAACUAAAAAACGAAAAAACUAUAAACAAAUCGAUCCCGACAUUUUUUUGUAGGCUGUCCAUCUGGCUAUAGCAGCCCCAACUAGGCAAAGUGAUUUAUAUUCCAAUUAUUAUUAUUUUUCUAAUUAAAUAAAUUAAACUAAAUGUAAUUGUUUCUUUCCAUAGCAUUUAAUGUGAAUUAUACAAAAC